AUGCUGAGAUCGACUGUUAAAUCAGCAACAGUAUAUAAACGAUUCUUCAGGAACUUAAAUGCGUUCCCAAUUCGUCAGUCGAGGUUGGCGAUACCACAUCGCAAUCUUGAAACGAGUACUAGCAAUCUACCAAUAGAUGGUCCGGAUGCAUCCUUUGCAUUGGGCAGUUUCGGCGGAAGAAUUCAUUCCCAGCAAUUAUUUCCUUUCCCAGAUGCCCUAGACGAGGAAUCGAAGGAAACUAUCAAAUUGAUGAUAGAUCCCUUCGAGAAGUUUUUUCGCGAAGUUCAUGACCCUGCUCAAAGCGAUUUGGAUGAAGCAAUAUCACAAAAAUCGAUCGAUGGUUUGAAAGAGCUUGGUGGAAUGGGUCUGCAGGUACCGCAAAAGUACGGUGGUAUGGAGCUUAAAAAUACACAGUACGGGCGACUCUGUGAAAUAAUUGCAACUUACGAUUUAUCAAUUGGAAUAUUCAUGGGGGCUCAUCAGUCUAUUGGAUACAAAGGAAUACUACUCUAUGGUAACGAAAAGCAAAAAGAAAAAUAUUUACCAAGCCUUGUUUCAGGUGAUAAGCUUGCUGCCUUUUGCUUAACGGAGCCGUCGUCAGGUUCUGAUGCAAAUUCGAUCCAAACCAAAGCAGUUCUUGAUAGCGAUGGUAAACAUUAUAUUUUAAAUGGAAAUAAAAUUUGGAUUAGCAACGGUGGUCUUGCAGAUGUUAUGACGGUUUUUGCUCAAGUUCCUUUUCAAUCAAGUGAUUCUGAGAAAGUAUCACAGAGAGUGACAGCGUUUAUAGUAGAAAGAGAUUUUGGUGGCGUUACUAAUGGACCGCCUGAGAAAAAAAUGGGCAUAAGAUCCUCCAAUACUGCGUCUGUCUAUUUUGAUAAUGUUAAAGUUCCUGUAGAGAAUGUACUUGGAAAGGUUGGCGAUGGGUUUAAAGUUGCUAUGAACAUACUCAACAAUGGCCGAUUUGGGAUGGGAGCUGGCAUGUCCGGCUUAAUUAGAAUGUUGAUUGCUAAGUCUAUUGAACACGCAAAUAAUCGAGUACAAUUUCGGAGAAAAUUAAUUGAAUACCAAUCCAUACAAGAAAAGAUUGCUAAGAUGGCAAUAACUCAUUAUGCUGUUGAAUCUGUUGCUUAUGCUGUAAGUAAUAACAUGGAUAGAGGCAUAAAAGAAUAUCAGGUAGAAGCUGCUAUUAGCAAGGUGUUAGGGUCUGAAUCAGGUUGGAAUACUUGUGAUGAAUGCCUGCAAAUCUUGGGAGGUAUAGGUUACAUGAGGGAAGCGAACAUUGAACGAUUUAUGCGAGAUUUAAGAAUAUUUCGAAUCUUUGAAGGUACAAAUGAUAUUUUGCGUUUGUUCAUAGCCCUGAAUGGAGUUCAAUAUGCUGGCAAUCACUUAAAAGAACUUCAAAAAGCGAUGAAGGAACCAAUAUCUAAUUUUGGAACCCUGUGGGACCAAGGAAUUAAAAGGUCUAGACAGUUUAUUGGUAUAUCUAACAAUGAAGAACUUAUUGAAAAUGCUGCUCCUCAGUUACGUGAUUCUGCUAGCAAGAUUACGCAGCGAAUAGAGGAAUUUGGUGUAACUGUGGAAAAAUUAUUACUUAAAUAUGGGAAACAAAUAGUCGAUGAACAGUUUUUGUUAACCCGCCUUGCCGAUGCAAGCAUCGAUGUAUAUACUAUGGCUGCAGUCCUAGCUCGAGCUACAAAAGCUAUCAAGGAGAAUCUACCUACUGCUGAACAUGAGCAGCUCCUGGCAACUACUUUUAUUGACGAGGCUAGCGAUAGAACUGAAAGAAAUCUUGGAUCCGUAAUAGGGAAGAGGAAUCUGAGAAACUUUUCUUCGUAUUCGCAAAUUGCAAGUCAAAUUAGUCAACAAGAAGGAAUUGCAACUACUCGGCCUUUAGGCUUUUGA